AUGUCUACUCAAUUCCUAAACUGCAUAAUCUGCCAAGAAAAGGCCAAACUAAUUUGUUUUUGCUCAAACAUAUCUCUCUGUGAAAAGUGUAUCGGAAAGCAUCUCUUAAAUAAUCCGUCAAUUAAUCACAAGCCUGUCCCCUUAAGUGAUUCAUACUUGUCAUCAAAAUACACUCAAAAUCUUGAAGAUUUAAACAAAACAGAAGAAAAAAUCCUACAAGUGGCGGCCUGUCAACAAGAAGUUAUCAAUGCAAUUCAAUCUAGGGUGCAGGUCAAAUGACUUUGCCUUUUUAAUAGUGUCCAUUUCACCGAAAAAUUGAUCGAAAAUUUUUAAUAGUGAGACACAUUUGACUGAAAAAAAACCGUUAAUUUUCAGCCAAAUGUCCGCACUAUCAAAAAUUUUCGAUCAAAUGGAUUUCGAUGAAAUGUACACUGUCAAAAAUCCACAGUCAUUUGACAUGGAGCCUUCAAUCUAAGCUUGCUAAUGAAAUUUUAGAAUUAGAAGAAUUUAUUCCAUUAUUUUUUUUUAAUUUUUUAUAUAUAAAAAUAUUUGCAUUAUUUUUUAUAAAAAAAAGAAAAAUCUUAGCCAAAAUUAUAAAUAAUUUAUUAGAAAAUACAAUAAAAAACUUUCGCUAGAAGUAAUUGCUGAAUUUAUAAAAGGAAUACAAAGAGACGUUAUAGAUGCCUCAAAAAUAAUCAAUAACUUUGUGACAGAGCAGUGCGAUAAUGCUCAAAAAGAGCUGCGAAAUGCUUUAGUUUUACUAAAACUUUCACAUGAUGCAAAUCAUCCAAUUUUAAGCCUACUUUUGCGAUGUAAAUCUGUAGAAGAAGUCAGAAAUAUUGAAAUCGCUAAAAAAGACCUAACUUUUAAAGAUUUAAAGAUAAAAGAAACCAUAAAAGACGGGAUUUAUUUUUGUUUUGAUAUUGUAAAAGACAAUAAUAUUCCCGCAAAUAAGUUUCCACAGCUGCACCCUGGUGUGAGCUCCAAUAAAUUAGAAUCAAUCCGACGAGUCAAAGUAGGAAUCCCUGGGAUGGGACAUGGGAAAUCUGCAGAAAUGGAAAAAGAAGAAGUAGAAGAAAUCAUGACUCCUCAUAGAAUUGAAAGGACUUUUUCAGAAAAUUCACCAGAAAGAACUCCAACGCCUAUUGUUGAAGAAGUUUUUGCGAGGAAAACAUUUAAUGUUUUGCCUAGAUGUAACGAAGAUGUAAAAAUAGAAAAACUUGAUUUUUAUGAUACUCCUUUAAUGACAAGGCAUAUAAGGGAUACGCCGAUUUCACAUAGCAGGACUUUGCCACCUGAUAAAGGGAUAUUUCAAGAAGCACUAUCUUUAGAAGUACCACCGAGGCUUAUUAAUGAAUCUUUUAGGUCAGCUAAGAAUAUAGAAUUAGGAUUAAUCAAAGGUAGACAAUCAAUAGAGCCAAGAACUCAGCAAUUAUCUCCACAAAAAAAUCAGCGCCAGCGGCAAUUUGAUCCUCUGCCUCCGUCGCUUUAUUGCUUUAUUCCGGAAUCCUCGAAAUUAAUAAUAUAUAAUACUUCAACAAAGCACCCACUCCACCUCAAGCAUUGGUUUAUUAUGUAAAUUUUUUUUUUAAUUUUAAUUUGUGUGAAGAAAUUAUCUUAUUUAGGAAGUCAAGGCAUUAUAAUUAAAUUAGAUUCAAUUUUAUAAUUUAAAAAAAAAUUUGCUUUUUUUAAUUAAAGUUUUUAAUCAUUAUUUAUAUAGGAAAGUCAGAAUUAAUAGAUUUUGAAUCUGAAGCAUUUUAUUCAAAAAGUGCUUGGGGUGUAAGCGAAGACGGAAAACUAAUUUUAACAGGCGGAUAUGAUGGUAGCUCUCGAAAACAAACAUUUAUGUACAAUCUCUAUGAAAAAUGUAUCGAAAAAGCCCCAAACAUGAUACUUUCAAGAUAUAAUCAUGCACAAGUUGCUCUUGGGCAUUAUAUUUACGUUAUCGGAGGCUUCAAUACAUCUCCUUUAAAAGAAUGCGAAAAAUUAAACCUUUUUACCAAAAAGUGGCAAAAAACCGGAAAUUUAAUAAUCGCUAGAGACUGUCAUGCUGCUUGUGUUCACAGCGGGAGGAUUUUUGUUGCAGGAGGCACUGGAAUAGAUUCAAUAGAAGUAUUUAAUGCCGUAAGUGAAAAAUUUUCAUUAAUCAGAGUAAGGCUCCCAGUUCCUGGCAGAUGCUGUAUGUUUCCUCACAAUAAAAAUAUUUUAUUAUUUCAAAGGAACAAAGCCAUUUCUUUUAGCCCCACAACAAUGUCGUGCACUGAAAUCUCAGCCAUCGAAGAAGCAGAAUGGUGGACUCCUGGUGAUCCUGUGAUUACAAGCGAUUUUGUUUAUUUUAUUACACAUUUUAAUGCUUUUAAAUUUCAAGUUGAAACUGGAACAAUUGGGGUGAGGUUAAUUAAAGUACACUGUACUUUUUCAACCCCCUCCGAAAACCUACAAAAAUGACUGUGUACUUUAAAAAUGGUCGUUUAGUGUGAAAAAGUACAAACGGUACUUUUCGAUUUUUUAAAAAACAGGGUGUGAAAAAAGUAAACGGUGAAAAAACCAGCCCAAAGCAGAGGAAAAAAGUACAUAUAAAAAUUAAUAUUCUAUCAAGACUAAGUAAAAUUUAAGCAAAGAAAGGCCAAGGUUAAAUUGCAUAAUAAACAGCUUGUAUUGCAUUAUAAUAAAUACUAACUCCCCCCCUCCGUGAGUGAACAAAACCAUUAGAAAAAUCGCUGUUUUUUGCCCAAAAACCCACCCUCCGUGAGUGAACAAAAAUUUUUUUAAUAGAAAAAUUUUUUAUGGAAAAAAAUUUUUGAUAUAUAAGUGAUAAUUAUUAUAAUGAAAUCUCGAGCUAAUUCUAUUUAAUUGCUUUUUAAAACAUAAAUUUUCUAAAUUAAAUUAAUAUUUGUUUUCCAAUUUUUGCAAAUUAGGAUUUUUUUUAAAAUUUCGAAAAAAAAAUUUUCUAUAAAAUUUAUAUAUAAAUUUUUUUUUUUAAAAAAAAAAAUUAACCCCCCUCCGUGAGUGAACAAAAUUUUUUUUUUGUCACUCACGGAGGGGGGGGGGAGUAAGCAAUAUUUAUGGAAAGAAUGCAAGAGCUGCAUGAUAAACAAUAAAAAAUAUUUGGCUCUCAAAAUAAGAGGAAAAAAAGUACGCUGCAAAAUAUAAAAUGAUUAAAGUGACGUAGAAUAAUCUAAUAUAAAAGACUAAUAAUAAAUACAGGAAAUUCCCUUAGAAAGGUCAACUUUAAUUUGUUAAAUAAAAGACCAAAAGUUACAAAGAAAUAUAAGAAAAGUGAUUAUGGAUAAAAUUAUUAAAAAUGGAUGAAAAAAGUACACGUUUUUUCCAUAUGUGAAAAAAGAGUGAAAAAAGUACUCAUAAAAUUUUUAACAGUGCAAAUUUUGAAUGAAAAAAGUACAAAGGGAAAAAAAAAAACAGAGGGAAAAAGUACAUUGACUUUUUAUAUGAAAAUACUAAUUUUUUAAAUAUGUUACCUUAAAAUGAGAAGAACGCAUCAUUUAAUUUUGCUGCAUAUAUUAAUUCUCACUCCCCCCUUAAAUUGGAACAAAAAAAUUGUUUCCCAAUUUAAAGGGGGUUAAUUUUUUUUUUUUAGAAAAAAAUAUCACUUAACUUAACUUAAACAGACGGGCUCGUGCCCUUAAUUUUAACCAAUCACCUAGGAUCCCUUAUGGGAUUCAUCAGCUUUGCGACAUCACUCCCAAAUAAUAUGGGAGCACUGAUGCCUCCUUAUUGUCUCUUAUAAAAAGACUCCAGUGUUGAGUGGGCAGACUACGGGUUUGGAGGCUGAGGGAAUACGAAGUUGGCAUUCCGAAAUUCCAAAUAAUGGAAUUUCUGGUAGCCUGUGGCAAAAGGAUAAAGACCAAAUCCUGGGAUGUAACGCCCAGUUUAACGCUAGGCAGUUGCCCGAUUGGUCUAGGUAUUACUUGUAGACUCUGCUGGGCUCGCCCUUUCCAAAUCUGAACCCUCCUUACCUUCGAAGUAAAAACCAGUCUCGAAUUUGGACUUGGGCUAGGUUCUGCGCUCGCUCCUGCAUAAUUAGUUGCCUAGCAUUGCUGUUCAUUUCAAGGCUAGAAAAACCUUGCCGGAUAUAAUUAAAAUAUGAGUCGGAGGCUGUAUGGCCGUGAGGCCAUACCUAGACGAAGACGCUAUAUUUUAAUUAUCUAGAAAAAAAAAAUAAAAAUAAAAAUUUCAAAAUUUAUAUAAAAAUUUUAAAAAAAAAUAUCAAAAAUUUAUCGAAUAGAUUAAUAAAUUUGUUUUAAUAAAAUGCUAUUUACUCUUUAUCCUUUAAAACAAAGCAAUAUAUAACUAAAUUUGCAUUAUUAGUUAAUACGCCACUAUUAAUCGGUAUCAAAAAUUAUUUACACAAUAUUAUUAUUUUUAUUAAUAAAAAAAUAAAAAAAAAAAAAUUUUAGAAAAUUUAUCGAUCAAAGUGCUAAUUUUGUUUAAAUAAGAUGCUAUUAUACUCUAUUAUUUUAAAAUAAAGCAAGAAAUAAGUAAAUCUUUAAAUUUUAUAAAGAAUUCCUAUUGAAUUUAUAUCAAAACUAUUUAAAUAAAAAAUAUCAUUUUUAUCAAAAAAAAUCAAUUCUUUUUUUUAAAAUUUAGCAGUUAAGGAUAAUAAAUUUAUUUAAAUAAGAUGCUGUUUCAACUCUCUUCUUUAAACAAGAGCAAGAUAUUACUAAAUUUUGAAUUUUAGUUAAGAAGAAGCAUUUAACUUAUAUUAAAACUUUUUAGAUAAAAAUUAUAUAUAAUGUUUUAUUAUAAAAUUAAAAAAUUUGUUCCAAUUGAAGGAGCUAAUUUACCAAAAAAGUGAAAUUUUACCUAUAUUUGUUCCAAUUUAAGGGGGGAGUGAGAAUUAAUAUAUGCAGCAAAAUUAAAUGAUGCGUUCUUCUCAUUUUAAGGUAAACAUAUUUAAAAAAUUAGUAUUUUCAUAUAAAAAGUCAAUGUACUUUUUCCCUCUGUUUUUUUUUUCCCUUUGUACUUUUUUCAUUCAAAAUUUGCACUGUUAAAAAUUUUAUGAGUACUUUUUUCACUCUUUUUUCACAUAUGGAAAAAAACGUGUACUUUUUUUCAUCCAUUUUUAAUAAUUUUAUCCAUAAUCACUUUUCUUAUAUUUCUUUGUAACUUUUGGUCUUUUAUUUAACAAAUUAAGUUGACCUUUCUAAGGGAAUUUCCUGUAUUUAUUAUUAGUCUUUUAUAUUAGAUUAUUCUACGUCACUUUAAUCAUUUUAUAUUUUGCAGCGUACUUUUUUCCUCUUAUUUUGAGAGCCAAAUAUUUUUUAUUGUUUAUCAUGCAGCUCUUGCAUUCUUUCCAUAAAUAUUGCUUAGUAUUUAUUAUAAUGCAAUACAAGCUGUUUUAUUAUGCAAUUUAACCUUGGCCUUUCUUUGCUUAAAUUUACUUAGUCUUGAUAGAAUAUUGAUUUUUAUAUGUACUUUUUUCCUCUGCUUUGGCUGGUUUUUUUUCACCGUUUACUUUUUUCACCCCCUGUUUUUAAAAAAUCGAAAAGUACCGUUUGUACUUUUUUUUUCACACUAAACGACCAUUUUUAAAGUACACAGUCAUUUUUGUAGGUUUUCGGAGGGGGUUGAAAAAAGUACAGUGUACUUUAAUUAACCUCACCCAACAAUUGGGCUCGAGUUUUCUUUUAAUUUAGAAUUUUACUAG